AAAUUAAAUAAGACAACUAUUUUGAAAUGAUGGGAGUGUAUAUUACUAGCUAGCUCCCAACUUCCUUAGUCCCACUCUAUCUUCUCUGUACUUUUAAAACUUUUAUGGCUACAAAAACUAUGCUAAAAGCCUAAAAGAAAAUAAGCUUCAACUACGUACAUUUCAAUUCUUUUGUAUAAUGGGUUAUGACAGGCUGGGGAGCGAGCGCGGCGGUUCUUCUCGCCGGGAAAUUCUGCAAAACAGCCAAUCAAAUGAAGCCACGUCGUCAAGUCGGCGGAAGUCAACGGUGAAGGUUCUGGUCAUAAUCGCCGCCGUGCUCAUUGUUACCGCGGCCAUUUCGGUGGGGGUUUUGGUUGGGGUACGAGGCAGAGGCUCGGGGGACAGAAUAACCGCCAAGCCGAGCCAGGCGAUGGCGCGAACCUGCGGGAAGACGUUAUACCCGAGCCUCUGCCUCAGCUCGCUACUGGAUUUCCCCGGCGCGUUGUCGGCGACGGACGGCGAUCUGGUCCACAUUUCCGUUAACGUGACUCUGCAGCGCGUGGGAAAGGCGCUGUACACUGUAACCGACUAUAACAACCUUCAGAUGAGCACAAUCGUACGGUCCGCCUACGACGAUUGCCUCGAGCUUCUAGAAGAUUCGAUGGACCUCCUCGAUCGCUCCCUCAGCUCCAUCCUCUCCGGCGACGCCGGAGCGAACGCUCAGGACGUGAUGACGUGGCUGAGCGCCGCGCUAACCAAUCAGGACACGUGUACGGAAGGAUUCUCCGACGCUAACGGCCCCGUGAAGGAUCAAGUGACGCAGAGGCUGAAGGACUUGUCCGAACUCGUGAGCAACUCUCUCGCGAUCUUCGCCGCCACGAACGGCGGAGACGAUUUCUCCGGCGUCCCUAUUCAGCACCGCCGCAAAUUGUUAGAUCAUCGCGACGCUGUUCUCGCUUCCACCGACGAUGACUUCCCCAAAUGGUUAUCCGAAAGCGACCGGAAAUUACUCAGCACGCCGGUUACUCCAAUCCACGCCGACAUAAUUGUGGCCAAGGACGGUACCGGAACUGUCAAGACCAUCACCGAGGCCAUAAAGAAGGUGCCGGAGCACAGCACUCGCCGGAUCGUGAUUUACAUCAAGGCCGGAACGUACGAUGAAGCUAAUCUCAAAGUGGGGAAGAAGAAAACCAACGUGAUGAUAGUCGGAGACGGGAAGGGCAAAACCGUCAUUUCUGGUGGAAGAAGUGUGGCUGAGCAGUUUACCACCUUCCACACCGCAUCUUUCGCGGCGACAGGAACAGGUUUCAUAGCCAAGGACAUUACGUUCCAGAACACGGCGGGGCCAAGCAAGCACCAGGCGGUGGCGCUCCGAAUCGGCGCCGAUCACGGCGUGAUAUACAAUUGCCAAAUCAUCGGGUACCAAGACACCCUCUACGUCCACUCCCAACGCCAAUUCUACCGCGAAUGCGACAUCUACGGCACGGUAGACUUCAUCUUCGGCAACGCCGCCGUGGUCCUCCAAAAAUGCAACAUAUACGCCCAAAAACCCAUGUCCAAUCAAAAAAACACCAUCACAGCCCAAAACCGCAAAGACCCUAACCAGAACACCGGCAUCUCAAUCCACGCCAGCAACAUCCUAGCAACCUCGGACCUCGAGGCGUCCAAGGGCAGCAUCCCCACGUUCCUAGGUCGGCCCUGGAAGAUGUACUCUAGAACCGUCUACAUGUUAUGUAACAUGGGGGAUCACAUCCACCCGCGGGGCUGGCUCGAGUGGAGUGGGAAUUUCGCCCUUAGUACAUUGUACUAUGGCGAGUAUAUGAACACGGGCCCGGGCGCUGGGCUGGCCGGGCGAGUGAAGUGGCCCGGGUAUCGGGUGAUUAAGCUAGAGACGGAGGCGAAUAAGUUCACGGUUUCUCAGUUCAUCUAUGGCUCGGCUUGGUUGCCUUCAACUGGAGUGGCAUUCUUGUCAGGGCUCAGUAGAUGAGCUAGCUAUAUAUAUAAAUAUAAAUUAUAUAGAUGUUACAGUUUCUCCAAUUCCAUAAGCUGGAUGGAGUAGUAUUUCUUUCCCACACCCAAAUAAUUCCCUUUUCGUUGCCAAUCUGACUGAAGAGUAAAGAUCCAUAUUGUAAUCUCUGUAUUUUUUUUUUCAGCUGCAAUGUUAUGUUGUAAUUAAGAUAUUGAAGUCAUAUUUAAGAUACCAUAUCAAGAAUGGAUGAAAUUUUAAAUUACUCAGACA